AUUGUUUUAACAUCUCUUUAAAAAAUGCUUUAAUAUACCCAUCUUCUCUGUGUUUUAUAUGGGUGACCUCUCCAGCGCAUAAUUUCAGCUGGAGAUGGGGGCUGACAUAUGUUCAUGCAACAUUCCAGAUGCUCUGUUCUUAAUUGGUGCUGAAAACACAUGCUUAUUAACCAUCAAAUUCUCUGCUUAGGGAGAAUUAUGGAAUAAAUUGGCUGACCAGGAAUAUAACCUGAACUGCUUGGCCUAAUAUGUGAGUCAACAUAAGGUCAGCCCAGGGACUUAAAACUUUGGAAAUUUUAACUCAGCGUAUGAGGAGCUUUUGUCCAACCAACUCGAAAGUAUUAAAUGUAGGCAGUGGGCUUACUUUCUGUGGUCUGCAUCCUUCAUAUUUAUCUCUCGAUAGCUAUAAAUCUUUUGAUUAGCAAUGAACGAAAUCUCCAAGUAAAGGAAUUGGGAAUCGAGAAUGAGGAAAUGGGGGAUGAAAGAGGAAUGAGAAGUAGAUGGAAAGUCUGAUGGAUGUGAUAGGCGUGUUUCUGUCGCUUGUGACGCUUGGAUAGAGGUAGAUUACUCAGAUCCCUGUGGUUGCUAAAGCAUUUUGGGCUGCUAGAACUGCAUCCCACACAGACAUUUAGAUACAAAAACACAUGCAGCUUACAUGGUCUACCUCAGCACACACACACAGACAGACACACUUUGUAAAUGUGACAUCAGAAUCCCUGGUUGCUUUGAUCUGCCGGCUGCUGUAAUGAGUUUGGUCGUUAAGCUGCUGUUUCCCUUUAACAUUGUUUACAGGCACAGGCAUCUGUUCAAGGAACUGUAAUCUGUCUUCCCUGAGAUAUAUAUUCAGUGAGCACUAUCAGCAUUCAAUCCGCUGCCACAGGGCUUCAGUGUCACUGAAAUAUGCUGGGAUUUUUUUUUUUGUAUGCGCGGAUCCAUCAAACUACUUUGGAGAUUUGGUCAUUUUCUUUCUGUAUAUCCAAAGGAUGAUUUAUGACCAUGGCAAUAAAGAUUACUGUUUAUGGCCAGAGCAACAUUUGGAUUAUUCAUGCACCGCAUGUGGGACGGAAAAAUUGGAGUAAGGAAAAUGCUUCCUUCCUCUACAUUUCCUCUCAACAUCCUAAUUAGAACGCUUUUUUAUUUAUUUCUCUAAUUGCUGGAAGAGGGUGGAAAACAGAGGGUUAUCUGGCCACUUUGCAUACUUAAAUGAGAAAUAUUCAAAUCGUGUGCACACAUUCCAGACUGCUGGCUAGACGUAUGCGCAUAUGGCAAUGCAUGCAUACACAAACACUCACAACAUGCAGACGUGAGCUACGCAGAAGCCUAUUUCAGUGAACCAUCAAGUAAGGGAAGGGGGAAUUAAGGACUUAUAUUGGAAGACUUACCAGCAGUAGAUGGUGUUAUGGAUCAGGCCUGUGAUAUUGUAUAUAGUCGUCCUUGUUGUAAAGUGUGUAUUCAAUAAGUCUGACUGUGUGUAUGUGUGAAUUAGGACAGUUAAGCUCAGAGACCAGGAUCGUUAUAGGAAAAUUAAGGAUCAUUAGAAUAAUGACAGCAGUUCUCCAUCCUCUGGUAGAAAAAGACCUCCAGAGCCCUAUCUAUGCUGCUCACUGGCUUAGAGCAGCAGUGAAGUGCGCAGCUAUAUUCAAGGGCUCACUGCUAUUUUCAUUAGCACAGCUGCACAUAUGAAUGAUUUAGGGAAGCUGAGAGGAUCCGAGGCAAUGAACUUCCUUCACAGCCUCUUUUACUACUAGAAAAGGAGGUCACUAUUUUGUUGCCACAUUCGCUCGCAGGAAGCUGGAUAUUUCGGGUCAGCAAAGUUGUUGUUUUUUUUUAAAUUCAACACUGUUAAAAUAAGCUCACACGUGUGUGCUCCUUUGAAAUUUAAUGAACCAGUAAUGUGAUCUGUAUCUGCUGAUUGGAUUUUUUUCUUGUUGCUAUGAAAUACUGGUUUCUGGCAUCAUAUCAUCUCACGCCAGAGCUGUUGUGCAUUGUGCUGCUGAGCUAUGAGGAGAGGAGAGGACACACAGACAGGGAGGCAUGGCAACUCCUCUUGCAGAGGAUGCCUCGCAAUCUAGCACAAAGGCUGACUGUCACAUCAGCAACUGAGGCAGCGUGAUUAAAAAUGCAUUCAAUCCCUGUGUAGUUUAAUUGAAUCUCCUCCUUGUGCACCCCACAAACACCUCCCAAUCAUCUCUUCCAACAUCACAUCUAUGAUACAGCCUGCAGGCGGUACUAAUCCUUCCAUCUCCUACUCUUCCUUAGUCCUACAUCCCUUCUCGUCUCCCCCAUCCCCCGGUUUCUUCCGAAGGAGAAAGACCUCAGCUGGAUGGGACUGCUUCCAUCACAGCUGUAAUGCACUGCUCUGCUUUUUUUUUUUUGUUUUCGUCUCCAUCGUCUCCUCUGCUUCCAGCAGCCAUAAAGCACUGGUUUAUAUCUUUGGGAGAGCUAUUUGGUCACAAAGGGCCUGUGGUCUCUGAGAGCAUUCACUCCGCCAGGAGCACAAACACUGUGACGUACCGAUACCAAGCGCUUCCUUGUCACAAUGAGAGUUUUGCUACGGAAUUAUACAACAUGCGUGUCUACAGUACAUGCAUACAAAAAGCCUCUUUAUUAGCAAACUAUUCUCUUUUGACUGCACUGCUGCAGAUGUGUUGAUUCAAACAUUGGCUAUUGACUGAGUGUAUUAUGUGAGAGUAUUCUGUUAUGUAAUGGGUGUGUUCCCUGACCAGUUCUCUGACCAGUGGCAAAAUUGUUCAGCUAGUGCGAGCUGACCUCUUUCCCCUUUCUGUUUGCACCUCGUCACUCACUCUCCCGUUUGCUCCCCAGCAAUCAAUUGUCCUUUAAUCUGAAAUAUUUUGAUCUCGAUAUUGAUUGAGAUGUGACUUAAGUAUCUUUCUUAUUAACAAAAAAAAAAAUCCUGCAAGAAGAACAAAACCAGCAUGUGUCAGUCGAUCUCUCAUUGUUAUUUGAGUCCGUCUUUCUCUACACUGUCUGCAUCCUGCAGCCCCAAGCCCAUUUGUUACUACUGGAGAUAUAAAUAUUUAAAAGCUGGACAAAAAGAAGAAGAAGUAAAUAAUGCCUUGUGCGGGGCUAUUUGCAGUUGCAGAAUCAGGGGAUUGACUCAAAAUAAACUACAGUCCCUAUUCAUGUUAAUGGAACAAAAGAAAAAAAAAACUAUGUCCCCCAGUGCAGCAAUGGCUCAUUGUUGUGUUUUGAUAGCUUUUGGGCAACAACAGCUGAGAGAAAUAAGCAAUAUCAGAGUUUGGUUAUACUAAUAUUUGAUAGCAGAAUCAAUUUGUUUUUAUUUAUGGGGGUCUUGUACGAUUUACCGAGUGGAAUAUAUUUACAAGAACGGAGAAACUUCUUUUUUUGAAAGAGAUUAUUCAAAUUUCUUUUGAAAAAGAAGUUUGAAAAGUAUAGUAAUAUAGUCAGUUUCUGCAAUCAGAUGUAUCUCAUUUACUUGCCUCAUUAGUCUUUGGCAGCAGGAUCAUUCAAACAGAAUUAAAUAAAUAAAUUUAAUAAAAACAACAACAAAAUUAUCAUAAACUCGAUCCCAUUUUAUGUGCAGACGGAUAAAACCGAUGAGCCAUUAUCAUUCAUCCUUCAAUUUCCAUCAUGGUUCAGAUUCGGAUGUCAGCUGGCCCAGCACACGCUCAGGGCUUCCAGCACACUCGGGUGAAUAAUUCAGAAGCUUUGAAUGCUUUUCUCUGAGGCAUAUUGCACAUCUAGCACCACAUUCAAAUGUGUUUUUGCCCUGCUAAUAGACUGCUGAUUGGCCCAUUGGAAUGAUAUAUUGUAAUUCUGUUAAGACAUAGAUGGCUGGAUAAUAGCAGUGUAUUUGUGGACUGCACUUGGACAAAGAUUUUAUUAAAGGCCACAUUUAUCUUCUGUGUUCCUAAGGCUAGAAAGACAGCCUGACUGCAGUGCUUUGGUGCCAACGCUUUGAACAAUAAUAUUACGGAACAACACCUAAGCAGGUUUGCAGUUUGCACACACACUUUCGCGCACACACACACACACACAUACAGACAGGUUGAGCAGAUGUGUGCUGAGCGACACAGUUUGACCAGGACAACCUGUCCUAGCGUUGCACCAAAUCUCUCUGAAACACAAAUAUGCCCCAGUUUUUACUGUGACUCAUAUAAAACAAUCUCACAGGCGAUCCAUUACCUUUCUUAGCAUGUAAUGGUGUUUCCCGGGUUCUCUUACACAGACACUGCUGAGAAGAUGGUAAUUGAAGUGGAUGCUUCCCUGUGGAGAAGUCAUUAUGAUUGGUUCUGGCCUGAUGAAGGGUGGGGAGGCCCCACAUUCUGCUCAUCUCACUCUCAGGAGAUGCAAGGCUGGCAUACAUGUAGAAGCGCAGAUGAAAGCACACAGUGAGCAGCGAAUCGAGUUACGCUAUCAGGGUGGUACUGUUUAGCUAUACAAUCGUUUAUCUGUUUUGCCUGCGAUGAUGCUGUAACUCAACCCUUUGUAAUUUGUGGUGUCUUGAAACGUAAACAGUCAAUCCCCCUCCAUUCCGCUUGGGACGGGGAGUCGGUCCAACUAGAGGGCAUUUCCAUAAACACAUACUCCCACACACAUACACACGCACACAGACGCACAAACAUACAGAGUUGAGGAGCAGGACCAUAGGGAUGAGUCAGACAGCCGUGGGCAGAGACUGGCUGGGUUAUCAGGGUAAAUUAAUGCAUCACAAUGCCGGGAGUCUAGCAUUGGAGAGCCAUCGCUUCUUAUUGUUGCAACUACGAACAAAGACUAAGCAGACACGCACAAAAAAAGAACAGCAGAAAUAAAACCCAGACAAUCCAGCUGCUUUGUUUCCCUCAUUAGCGUCUCUCAGGCGUAGAUUUUCUUUUCUUUCUCUUCCUCUCUCUGCAGUUUUUUUUUCUUUUUUUGCAAAUGUAUUAAUAGCUGAUGGUUCACUUUGAGGACAGCGGGUGCUUGUGAAGCAAAGCUUGUCAGAAUCUCCUAGCUUUUUCCUACAAAUUUAUGUUUUUGCUCUUUAUCAUGUACACAGGUUUAUAUUUCAUGUAUUUUGUUACCGAGCGCAAAUCCCGUUUGCUUUACUUUUUUAUGUGCUUUAUGUGCUUGUUGACUGAAAUGGGUCAUUGUGCAAGCAGCCCGAGGCAUCAAGAAUAGUAGCAUGUUGUUUUUACUUGCCUUUAUUUUUUUCUCCCUCCUGUCAAGAAGAGGGCUUAUCACCUUUGUGGAUUUGAGGAGUUUAUUGCACAUUUCAAGCAAAAAAUAAAUAAAGAAAUAAAGAAGCAAAUAAAAAAGAAGAGAACAAAGGAUCGCAAACCAAACUUUAAGUGCUCUAUUACAAGGGUGCAUUUUCAUCUCACUGUCAAGGGGAUGUACAGUACAGGAUUUUGUGCAUUGUCUCCCCAAUCAGCAGCAGAGCUUGAACUAUGUCAUCACGAUGUGAAUUAAUGUCAAGGAAGCACACCACACAGAGUACCAGUCAUAUUGCAGAGAGGGAGAGAGAAAUGAACCAAGUCAUUUUGGUUCCUUAUCUGUUAGACCUGGAUGUCUGCACACCAAGUUUAAAAAUAGCCCUCUGAUAUUUCUCAUGUAGGCCACAGUCACUCACACACCGAUGGAGGCCAGGGUGAUGAAUAAAUAAUGCUUUCUGGGGAUUACCACUGCAGAUGAUUUCCUCCUGUAUGCUUGGCUCUUGGCUUUAACACAAUGUGUGGGGUAUUUUUGUGUGUGUGUUUGUGUGUGUGUGACAUAUAUAGUCUCGUGUAACGAAAGCUGUCAGAGAUCCUCAAUUAAAGAAAUGAUAUGGGAGAAGGAAGAAGUUGCUUCAUUUUAAUCACUUUACUCUAAAUUUUUGCUCUGUGAUCCAGCAUCAGUUCACCUCUUGACUGGGAUGACCAAGCUAAAUUUUACAGGUUUAUAUUUCCAGUGUUACUGGUUAGCAAUGGUUACCUUGCCUUCUCGAGAUGUGCGCAGCUGUGCAUGUGUGCAUGGAUAUGUGCAUACCUAACAGCUUUGCAUAUGUGAGCGCGUGUCGAUUCACUUUAUUUAAUCAGCUGACAGCUUAGUAUUGAUGUGCCGGAGUAAAAAAAGAGCACAGCAGUGAGUGAUGAUGUAGAUAUGACAAGGUGCAGCAGUAACUCUUGAUUCCAAUAGCUUUAAUGGACAUGUAAAGACCACAAUGGUGGAUACAGAGGACUGACUCAGCUGAAUGAAGCCGCAGCUAGUCGCAGAUCUCUACCGCUGCGGUUUUACCAUGAUAAAAGGUCUCCGCAAAGGCCAGAUCAAUACUCCAAACUGUCCACUGCUGUCACAGCUUUGUGGAAAAAACUCUGGCCAAUUGCCACAGUUGCCCCCAUAUAGGCAAAGAACCGAGUGAUAAUAUGAUCAAUAUCUGCAUGCAUGAGCAACAUGCAUGCUGGUCUGUGAGGAUGCAUGCUAGUGAGUGUGUAUGUAUUCUUCCUUUGUGUUCUAUUCCAGACAGUGCAGGGAGAGAAAGCUGGGAUGUGGGAUUUCGAAGAUAAUCUCCCUACCAGAUGGCAAAACAUCCCAUAUUCCUUUUGAGGUUCCCCACGUGAUCCCCUGUAAGGGCUGUGUGGGUGGUGGGGGUAUAUAUGCUCACACACAAUAAUUAUUGAGUCAUGUGACACAAGUGCGUAUGCUAAUAAGAGCUGUAACGUCACAUUAAUCCAGUGACCUGGUUAAGCCCCUGACUGAAGGAAGUGAGUAUGUGAGGAAGGGAGGGGAAGCUGCCAAAGCUGGAGAGGGGAGAAGAGAGGAGAGACAAAGCACACUCCCUCUCCCUCCCAUACACUCUUACACACUCAUUCACCUCAUGAGCGGCAGAGCGGAGUGUAACUGUGUGGAGCAGAAUGGGAAGCCUUUUAACACAGAGGGAAACAGAAGCAGAGAGAGGCACAUAGGACCCGUGUGGGACUUCUACAGCUACGCUCACAUCACACUCUUCCUUCCCUCUAACACCGCCACGCGCAAGCUCGCGUGAACUACGGCUGUCAGGCUGGACGGGACAGCGAGGACACCCACUUCACACUCUCACACACAUGCUCUCACACCCACAGACACGCGCACUCUGGAGCGUACUAUGGUGGUUCAGGGAGCGGUGACGCCCGGGAGAACCCGCCGGCUGAUGCUUAAGCUGCCGGUGGGGACUCUUCGAAGGAACAGUGCAGAGAGGAUGACAGAGGGCCGGCGAUGUCAGGUCCAUCUGCUGGACGACAGGAAGCUGGAGCUCCUCGUUCAGCCCAAGCUGAUGGCUAAAGACCUGCUGGACCUUGUGGCCUCUCACUUCAACCUAAAGGAGAAGGAGUACUUUGGAAUUGCAUACACAGAUGAAACGGGCCAUUUUAGUUGGCUGCAGCUGGACCGCAGGGUAUUAGAACAUGAAUUCCCCAAGAAGUCUGGUCCCAUUGUCCUCUACUUCUGUGUCAGGUUCUACAUAGAGAGUAUAUCCUACCUGAAGGAUAACGCCACCAUUGAACUGUUCUUUCUUAAUGCAAAGUCCAUCAUAUACAAGGAGCUAAUUGAAGUAGACAGUGAGGUUGUCUUCGAAUUGGCUUCCUACAUUCUCCAAGAGGCUAAAGGUGAUUUCACUAGUAACGAUGCAACUAGGUCUGACCUGAAAAAGCUGCCUGCUCUACCCACCCAGGCCCUGAAGGAGCACCCGUCACUGGCUUACUGUGAAGAUCGGGUCAUAGAGCAUUACAAGAAGCUCAGCGGGCAGAGUAGAGGGCAGGCAAUCGUUAAUUAUAUGAGCAUUGUAGAGUCUCUACCCACAUAUGGAGUGCAUUACUAUUCUGUAAAGGACAAGCAGGGGAUCCCAUGGUGGUUGGGUCUGAGCUAUAAAGGCAUCUUUCAGUAUGAUUACCAGGACAAAGUUAAGCCCAGGAAGGUGUUCCAAUGGCGUCAAUUGGAGAACCUCUACUUCAGAGAGAAGAAGUUUUCGGUGGAAGUUCAUGACCCCAGGAGUAGGGCGUCGGUAACGAGAAGGACGUUCGGUCACAGCGGCAUUGCUGUGCAUACCUGGUACGCCUGUCCUGCCCUCAUCAAGUCCAUCUGGGCCAUGGCCAUCAGCCAGCACCAGUUCUACCUGGACCGCAAACAGAGCAAGUCAAAGAUCCAUGCAGCGAGGAGUUUGAGCGAGAUUGCCAUAGACCUGACAGAAACAGGAACACUGAAGACAUCCAAACUGGCCAACAUGGGCAGCAAGGGCAAGAUCAUCAGUGGCAGCAGUGGCAGCCUGCUCUCCUCAGGCUCUCAGGAAUCGGACAGCUCCCAGACGGCUAAGAAGGACAUGCUGGCAGCGCUGAGGGCCAGACAGGAAGCUCUGGAGGAAACGCUAAAGCAGAGACUAGAGGAACUCAAGAGCAUCUGCAUACGGGAGGCGGAGUUGACUGGAAAGCUUCCAAAGGAAUAUCCACUGGAUCCGGGAGAGGAGCCGCCAACUGUGAGACGGAAGAUCGGUACCGCCUUCAAACUGGAUGAGCAGAAAAUUCUACCUAAGGGAGAGGAAGAAGAACUUGAGCGUUUGGAGCGGGAGUUUGCCAUUCAGUCACAGAUUACCGAGGCAGCCAGGCGUCUCGCCAGCGAUCCUCACGUAAGCAGUAAAAAGCUGAAGAAACAGAGGAAGACUUCUUAUCUGAAUGCACUGAAGAAGCUCCAGGAAAUUGAGAACUCCAUCAAUGAGUACCGGGUCCGCUCUGGCAAGAAGCCUACGCAGAGAGCGUCGCUUAUCAUAGAAGAAGCCAAUAUUGGCUCUGAAGACAGCUCAUUGUCUGAUGCACUGGUCUUGGAUGACGAUGAUCCUCAAGUUACAGGGACCCCCACCUUCUCUCCAGUAGCUUCACCUCAUAAGGGGCUCCCUCCAAGACCACCAUCUCACAGUCGCCCCCCUCCACCGCAGUCCCUGGAUGGCCUGCGACACCUGCACUACACACGCUCUGACUAUGACAAAUCCCCUAUCAAACCCAAGAUGUGGAGCGAAUCAUCACUGGAUGAGCCCUAUGAGAAAGUCAAGAAACGCUCAUCUCACUCGAGUCACAGGCGUUUCCCGAGUUCGGGCAGUGCAGAAGCAGGGGGUAGUAAUUCUCUGCAGAGCAGCCCCAUUAGGAGCCUUCCUCACUGGAAUUCUCAGUCCAGCAUGCCAUCAACUCCGGACCUGAGGACCAGGACCCCGCACUAUGUACAUUCCACCAGGUCAGUGGACAUCAGUCCCACCCGUCUGCACAGUCUUUCUCAGCACUUUAGGAACCGCAGCUCCAGCCUUGAGUCCCAGGGCAAACUGCUGGCAUCCGAUUCCGACGCACAUCCACACACCCUGGGCAGCCCUGACUUCUUCCUCGGCCCAGGACGCAGCUCCAAUGGCUCCGACCCACUGGAUGACUGUUCAUCCUGCACCAGCCAAAGCAGCUCGGAGCAUUAUUACCCCUCUGGAGGACCCCCUGGCAGUAACCCAAAUUACUCUACUCUGGGAGAAGAUUCACCCUCCAAAGCCAGGCAGAGGCAGAGGCAAAGACACAGGUCUGCAGGUCACCUGGGUUCCUCUAACUCUGGCUCAAUGCCAAAUCUGGCAGCUAAGAACGGUUCUGGUGGAGGAUUAGGUGGUAGUGGAGUGGGAGGGGGACACCAUGGAGUCUACCUCCACAGCCAGAGCCAGCCCUCUUCCCAGUACCGCAUCAAAGAGUACCCUCUAUAUGUAGAGGGCAGCCCCAACCCCGUGGUGGUGCGCAGCCUGGAGAGUGAUCAGGAGGGACACUACAGCGUGAAGGCUCAGUUCAAGACCUCCAGUUCCUACACGGCUGGGGGACUGUACAAAGAGGCUUGGGGGGGAGAGGAGGGAGGAGAGGGAAGCGGCCGACUUACGCCGUCACGCUCUCAGAUCGUAAGGACUCCAUCAUUGGGGAGAGAGGGUGGUGGAGGCGGAGGAGGUGGGAGGGCGGCCGUUUCUGAAGAACUGCGGUGCUGGUACCAGAGGUCUUCAGGGAGCCUAAAGGAGAGGAGUCACUCACAUUCGGGAUCCACAUCCUCUGAGACUGGGUCACAGCAAGGAACUCUGGGACAUGGUCGAGGAAGUAGAGUAGGAACACUCGCCAAAGGCUCACCAGCUGCUUCCCCUCACAGCCAGAGGAGUAUGACCCCGUCAAGUGAACACGCAGCUACACCCACACCUCCCUGCAGCCCACAACACAUCCUUAACUGGCAGAGCGGGACUUUGAGUGACAGCUGUUUUCUCAGCAGCCCUCUGUGUUCAGAGCUGGCAGAUGUCCAGUGGUACGGACAAGACAAGGCCAAACCUGGAACGCUGGUCUGAGACCUUCCUAUGGGGCCUAGAAAAGUCCCAUUGCCCUCUCCUACUGCCUCUCCAUUGUCCCCUACAAUUAUCCAUCAACAACUGACAACCUCAUCCUCAAAGCCCUGCAGAAACCCUGCCCUGAGCAGACUUGACGGGCUGGACGUGAGCCUCCCUCCUCCUAACAUUUCACCACCUCUUUAUUAUGACCUGUCUAUUGCAGUUCAGCAGGACAGGGACUACUCGCUGGGCUCUUUAAGGGCAGAUUUCACAGGACGGACUGAGAAAUGCCACCUCAGCUGUUGAACUGUCACCCUACAGCACCACAGAGCCCUUUCUUUACUCACCUACUGCAGCACACAAAUAACAGGGCAACGGGAAGCGAGCGAUGGGAAGAGAGAGCACAGCAAAACGUCCCACAUGCAACUCAAAACUCAGCAGAAACAACACAGGCCAUUCCAGGAUCUCUUUCAUAUUCAUCUUUGGUCCCCAGACUUAUUCCAGUGCACUGCCUCCCAGUCAGAGGAUACCUGCUGGAUUUGAGCCACCAGUUUAAAACCCAUUUCCAGGCCCAAACGAACUGUGUUGCAUUUCAUUCCCAUUAACACUUGUUUGUCUUUCUUUUUCUUUAUUUCUUCCAGCGUAUUUAUAAAAAGAAAAGAUGACUGAAACAUUCAGGAGUUCUCUCUUUUACCCACAACCACAGACAGUUUCUGAAUCGACCAGUCACACCAGAGUUCUUGGGCAGGCACAAAGAAAAAAAGUGAAAACUGUACUCAAAGUGACAAUAUCAGCAUGGUUUCUGAGAGACUGUCUGGAUAUUAAUAAGGACUAUAGCAAUAACAACCCUCGUAGAAGUCUUUGGACUGGUUUGAAUCGGCGGAGUGAAUUCAAGGAUCAUGAUAGGGGGAAUUUGGAUUUGUGGUUGUUUGGCGUUACUCUUUUGCCUUCUUCACUGACUUCAUCCUUCGUGUUUAUUUUAAUAUCUGUGAUCUUCAGAGGAUUACUCUGUCCGCAGCAGCAUGUUUGAUCACAUGGUGUAUGAGCCAGGGAGUAGAGGAGGCUUGGAAGAAAAGGUCAUUUAUGGGUGCUGUUCAGUCAUUACAGCACUUUUUAAAAUUUUGUCUGAAGUUUGUUGGUCUGGCCUUUGCGCACUGUUUCAUAUUAAACCCUGAAAGAAAGAAAAAAUGUCUGACAUGUCUUGGCAUUACUUCUAUUUUAAUAUUGCAUUGGCUCAGUGAGAAUUGUUUAACCUUUGAUCUUGGCUCUACACCAGCUCUCACCAUGCUGAGUAUCCCUUUAUGGCACUGUGUUUACUCAUCUUACUUUAUCUGUUUCAAAUAUGUUGGUGCUUUACAUUAAUACUGUAAUUUACUACUGAAAUCAUUACAAACCACACAGCCCCUUUACUUCCCCACAGCAGAAAGCCAUUCUAUGAAAUUACAGUGAGGCACAGCGGACGGAUGACAUCCAACGAGGGUUUAUUUGGUAUUAAGUGAAAUGUAUUUUAACACCAUUAAGUCUGAAAGCACAACAUUAACAGUGUCUUUGAGGGCUGGACCUACAGUAAGUGUAUUCUCAUAUCAGUGUAACCACAAGGUGUUAAAGGGCAAUCCUCUCUGUGUUUCAGGCAUCAGAUAAUUAAAACCCCUGCUGUCAGGGAAGAAACGCUAAAGCCAACACACAAAUACUUUAAUCCGCUCAAAUGGAGAGAAUUAUUUUUCUCACACGUCCUAAUCAAUCAAAUAUUCAGAACAGGGUUAGAAAAGCACAUCUAGUUUUGUAAAAAAAUAAAAAAUAAAUAACAAUAAAGGGAAUUUUGGUUGUUUUUAGCCAUUUUCCUUCUCUUCCUUUGACAAAUGUUUCCGUUGCAAAUUAAUGCUCACCACUGUUUCCUUAUUCCUCAAAAUCUAAAUUAACCAAGUGCUAUUUUGCUCUAAAACACAUUGUGAAUCUCAGUGAUAGAUCCUAUAGCACCAUUCAGACUGGAUAAAAGGUGUAUUGUGCUUCUUGGUAUGAGAGGAACGGUACGUCUUUCAUUUGUAUUUCCUUUAUAGACUGCUGUGAGUUUGGGGCAAACAAUAUUUUACUAAGAAGGUUUCGCCCGACCUCCUGCAUGGCCAGUUCUUGGGCAGUUGUUCCUGCCAAGUUUGGACAAAUUGAAUAAGUCGUUAAGCAGAGUUGGAAGCAGCGAUCACUGGUUACCGCCUAAUAUGACUUCUUUACUCGAGUGUAUUUGAGUUUGAUCUUGCUUUUCCCUCCGAAACAUUUCUGUGCUAGACAAAAAAUCCCACGCAUGCCGUGAAGAUCCUCUGAGAAAGGAAGACCCCAAAGAUAGUGCCCAGCUCCUUCGUGUUACCAUUAGCACGUUUUACUCCGUGGUGUCAUCCCGCACCAAAAAAAGUACCAUUUUGACCUUGUUGUAAUCUCUGACCUCUGAGCUCAUUGUGAAGACGUGUGACAUCCCUUCCCUUCAUAUUUCCAAACAACAUAUUUCCUGUGCUCCAUACUAAUGUAUGAGGUUUUUGUAAUACUCCCAAGAGAAGAAAUGAACUAACUAUUUUAUCAAGUCUUUUCCUGUAUGUACUGAUGGGGCACUAUUAGAUUUUGUGGGGUUUUUAACAUUCACAUCCUUUGUUUUAACAAUGUUCCACUUUAAAUGAACCAGUAUUGUUUUUGUUUUUUAAGUUUCGGACAUUGUAACAACCCUUUCAGGUGCUACAAAAUGACCACUUACUGCUUUGUCACGUAGGAUCUAGACAUCUCUUCAUUGUUAUCAAUAGAUUCAAUACCAGAUGUGCAAAAUGAAGCUUAUUUUAACAAACAGUUUAAUAGUAGAAGCACUUCCUCUACCAGACAAUAGAGCAUGUAACUCAAUUUUAUCAGUUCUCUUCAGCUGAAACAGUACAUUAAAGGUGUUGUAGGAAAACAAAUGUGGAAUUGAUUUAAAAAAACACUUAAUUCCACACUUAAUUUAUUCUUUUUUCUAUUAAGAAUUUGUAUAGUAACUUUGCAUUUUUCAAAACUGUGUUGUUCAAAAUUGAUGAUGAAAUUUUCAAGACGAGAAGCUGUGGUGGUUCUUGAGAGUAAGAAAAUAAAUUAUUGAUGAAUGUUCUCAA